CAGAUUUGUAUUUCCUACAGUUAUCAGUGCGGUCACACUGGCGAGCGGACGUCCACUUCGCUUCGAUUUGUACGCUUGUGUUUCUUGUAACGGCACGGAAGUGCAUUUCUGGUGUUCUCGUGAAUUCUUUCUGCUCCAGCGGAAAGGAGGUUGAAAGUAUGGCUGAAUAGCGGGAAAUUGGGAGAUGCCGAAACGCCAUUAGCUCCAAUUGCAUGUCGCCGAUUUUCUAAUUGUGUGUGUGUGUUUGUGUGUAAUCGAAAAAUACUGCAAUGCACAUCCGUAUCGAGUUUCCUUGAUUUCCCCACAAAAAGAAGGAAAAAGAGUGCAACUGCUUCGAGUGCUGCUGCACUUGUAUGGAACAACGUACCUACUUGUCUACCAGUACCGACAAAGCCGACGACAUAGCGGGAGACGGAGACGAAGAGCAGUCAAGAUGACGCAGACCAAGCAGCCAGCAGGGCGGUCGUCCACCUCGGUCGGGGACUUAGUGGCCCCUGUUAGCUCCACGAGUGCCUCCAAGUUCACACCCUGCUCCGCCUCCGCCCACGAUGUCCUGCUGAACAACUUCCAGCUAAAGAAGAAGAGCUACAGAGUACUGCUACAUGGGCAGCAGUUGGUUUGGGAGCGGCUGCAGAAGAUAAAGCAUUCGCCCCAAGGAAACGAGACCAAGGCACCGUUGCCGCCGGACUCGCCUUCUCAACCAGGCGGAAUCUGCUCUUAUGGCCCACAAAGCAACGUGCUUCACCUGGACGAUGUGGUUAGCAUAAGGAGCGGGGAUACCAAGGCGAGCUCCCUGAAACCGCCUUCGCCACCAGUCUCGGAACGCAGUUCCAGAUGCAGUGGCGAUGUUGCGCCAGGAAAGCCCACCAGUCAGUACCUGACCAUCAACUAUGCCAUGAGGCUGAGCAAGUCUCAAACGGAUUGCAAUCGGUGGGAGCUAAGGAGACUCACAUUCUUUAACUCGGACCCAUACAUAGUGAGGCAGUGGGACCAGGAGCUGCAAAUCCGUCUGCAUAGCUCUUCCCCCGCACGGAUGCGAGUGCGCCGCCUGUUGGUUUUUAUAAACCCCUAUGGAGGUCGCAAGGCGGGAGCUCAGACCUAUGAGCGCCAUGUAAGACCUAUUUUCCAGCUUGCUGGGGUGGACGCCACGUGCAUCACCACUCAGAGGGCAAACCAAGUGAAAGACAUUCUUCUGAGCCAUGAUCUCGGAGUAUACGAUGCGGUUUGCUGUGUCGGAGGCGAUGGCACCGUGGCAGAAGUCAUAAACGGAUUGAUAUUUCGGCAAAUGCGGGAGCUUGGACUGGACGAACAGCGGCCACCUUACAUUCCAAGGCCGGCACUGCCAGUGGGCGUGAUCCCCGCUGGCAGCACCGACACCAUAGCUUAUAGUAUGCACGGCACGGCGGAUGUGAGGACAGCGGCCAUCCAUGUGAUUCUGGGCCAGCAUCGGGGCCUAGAUGUGUGCAGUGUGAGCAAUGGCCAGUCCCUGCUUAGAUUCUGUGCCAGUGUCUUGAGCUACGGGUACCUGGGCGAUGUGGCAGCCCAGAGCGAGAACUACCGCUGGAUGGGACCGCGUCGGUACGAGUAUAGUGGCGUCAAGGCCUUUCUGAAUAAUCGUGGCUAUGACGCCGAACUGAGAAUGUUGGAGGAGCCCGAUCUCCCGCUGACCACGCCGCUGGAGGUCGUUCCGCAGAGUCCGGACAGCGUGUGCUCGCUGGGAGAGUCAGUGCCCUCCAUCUGCUAUGCCAAUUGCCAGCGCUGCAGCUUCGCUAGCAGCAUACAGGAGCAGCGAUCUUCAUUGUACAUACAGGAGGAAUCCGCAGAGGCGGAGCGCAGUCAGCAGGAGGAAACGGAGGACUCUCAUCUCGCCGCAAGAGAAGAUGCAUUGCUGAGGCCUCGUCCACAUCCAGGAAAUCUUCGAUUGCCCACUGGCUCCAUUUCCUCAAUGAGAAAUCUCGGCAACGAUCAAUGGAAGGUUGUGCGGGGCAAUUUCUUUAUGAUCUGCGGAGCGAACAUCACAUGUGCCUGCGCCAGGAGUCCCAAUGGCAUCUCCCGCUACAGUCACCUGGGUGAUGGUUGCCUGGACCUGAUUCUGGUGAAAAAGACCUCGCUGCUUAACAACGUGCGUUUUCUGCUCAACACAGCGGGCAGAAGCGGCGAUAUACGCAAUUUGCCGUUUGUGGAGGUAUAUCGGACAAGGGAAUUCCAGUUCAGAACGUUUUCCGCUGGCGAGGAAGACUACAGCUUGGCAGGGUCUUGCCAGCCGAUAACUCCGCCUGAAGAAAUGGCUGCCAACUCCUCCUCGACGGAGUUUUCCAGCUGGAACUGUGACGGAGAGGUGGUUACUGACCUGGACAUAACCAUGCGAUCACAUUGUCAGCUCAUCGAGGUCUUCAUGCGGGGCCCCCAUUCCUACAGCAAGCCCCUCAAGGGCGGCAUCAUGCCGGCAACCCCAACUAGCUCUAGCGAUAAUGUUUACUGCUGCUGCAAAGACUAGAAGUUUUAAGCAAAUAGAAUUAGCAUCAAUCAUUGGCCGUGACAUGUAGCUCUUAGUUUUGCGUAGGGUAUUCUUGUUCGUAUAUGACCCGUGUUAAAGAGCGGAAAUCCCCGUCAUUGUUUUUAGCAUAGCUCAAUAAAGCAACUGAUAUUAGCGACUGUAUUAUGGCAUCUAAAAGAUGCGACAGCAACCGAAGCAUUCCCCUCGGAAGCAUUACUUACAUACCUAUAUAUUUACAAAUUGUGUACUGGUAUACUGGCAAUAAAAAUAUGUUUUUAUG